AUGUUUUCUUCCCCUCAGUUCUGUUUCGCUAGAGAUAAUAUAACAGUAAAAAUUAGACUCGCAGAUGGGGAAACUCUUGUUUCAGCUGGAAAUAGAUUUGAACUGGGGUUCUUUAGCCCAUCAAGCAUCUCCAACGUGAAGAGAUAUGUGGGGAUAUGAUGGCACACUGAAGUUAUCUGAUGACAAAGGGAACCUUUACUGGUCUGCACAGCCUGGGGUUAAGCGUUCAACUCCGAUGGUGAAGCUUAGCGAUACCGGUAACUUGAUUCUACUCGAUCGGUGGAAACUAUAUCUUUGGCAAAGCUUUGAGCAUCCGACGGAUACUUUUCUUUAUGGUAUGAAGAUGAAUGCCGAUAUCUUAUUAACUUCAUGGCGCAGUGAAGAUGAUCCAUCACCGGGAAACUUCACGUUCGGACUAGAUUCUCAAUUGCGGCCUGUUGUCAUGGAAAAGAGCACCAUUUACUGGAGAUCAAGUAGAGCAGAUGAACUGCCUUCUACAUUAGUCAACUUCUGGAAUUUCAGCAUGAGUAAAACACAAGUUUACCAAGAUAAAAGAACGGUGUUGAGUUCUACUGGACAUUUACAGUAUUGGGAGUUGGAUACAGACAUGAAAAGUUGGAACUUGAUAUGGUGGGAGCCAAACAACAACUGUAGUAUGUUCAAUUUUUGUGGCAACUUUGGCACCUGCAAUGUCAAAAGUUGA